AUGGCGACAGCAUCGGCGGGCUUCCUCUUUACUAUGCUGACGGUAAGGACGCUGGAAGACGUUGUAUCCGAUGAAAAUAGCCAGCCAAUGCUCAUGAUGAUAUUUCUAGGUAACGCCGUCAUCGCCAACCACACACCGGACAACGCAACCGAUGUCGGCCAGGUCGCUUUCACCCCUGAUUCCUCUGGUCCUCUGGUCGGAAACCCAGCCAACGAGACCGGGUCUAGCGGCAAGCGAAGCAGCUCUGGCUCGUUCUCAAACCAGCAGCUGUUCAUCCCGAGUGCCAAUUCCACGGACCAUCAGGUCGGCUUCACCACCAGUGCAUCCUCGGAUCAGGUCACUACCAAGUUUGUCUGGUACGGACAUUUCCUUCUGGUCGAGACAGAUGAUGGCGGUUAUACUUCGCUGUUCUAUGCCAAGAAGAACAAAAAACAGGAAGGCGCGUAUUCUCUGCAGUGGAAUAUCACCGAUGAUGAUGACGAUAGCGAGUAUUAUUCUGUCUCAAUGAGAUCCAUUGCGCCAUCUAACGCGUGA